AUGGAUUCUGCAGAAAAACGAAUGAAGGUUCAAUGUGAUAGUUAUGAGAAUAUACAAAGGGCUUAUGCAAAUUUUAAAAAGGCACCAAAGGAAAGAAUUACAGUAGGCUAUGUAACGUCUAGAUUAGAUUCCUUAGAAGUUUAUUGGAAAGAUUUUAAGUGUUUGCAUCAAAAAAUCAUACAAGAAACAUCGAAGGAAGAAAGAAAGUCCUGUUAUUAUUUCGAUUAUGAAGUUUAUGAUCAUUUUGAGGAAUUAUAUUAUACAUAUAAAGGAGAAUUACGUAAUGCUUUACAAAAAUUGCAACCAGAUACGGAUACUGAAAAUAAAGCACAACAAUUAGAACAAAGGCUAUGCCAAAAACCAAGUGAUACAAAGUUGCCGAGAAUUACGAUACCUAUAUUUAGUGGAGAUUACACCGAAUGGCAAUCGUUUCACGAUUUAUUCUUAGCACUUAUUCAUAAAAACGAUACCCUAGAAGACGUUCAAAAGUUACACUAUCUAAAGAGCAAUUUAAAGGGAGAUGCUGAAGUAUUAUUACGACAAUUUGCUAUUACGGGAGAGAAUUAUGCAGAAGCCUGGUCCGCGCUAAAAAGGCGUUAUGAUAACAAAAGGUACAUAGCAAAUUGUAUUUUUAAAAAAUUUUUUAGUCAAAAACCCUUACCUUUUGAGUCAGCAAACUUAUUAAAGCAGCUCUUGGACACAUCUGUGGAAUGUAUUAAUUCGUUAAAAAAUCUCGGUUUGCCAACUUCACAUUGGGAUGCAAUUGUAAAUUUUGUAAUCGUAUCUAAAUUGGACACUGUUACACAUAAACAGUGGGAGGAGUCUAUUGGUAAGAAUAGCACAGAAGACUUACCUUCAUUCGAUCAUUUAAAAGGGUUCCUGGAAACUAAGUUUAGAACUCUUGAGAUGGUGGAACCUGCAAAGAAAAUUACUAAACCUAUUAACCCAAAGUCUUUUCAUGCUGCUGAUGCUGAAAAUGUGCCGUGUAGCUACUGUAAAGAGAAGCAUUAUAUAUUUAACUGUAAAAAAUUUGUGAAGCAACCUACAGAAGAAAGAUAUAAGUUUGUACAGAGUAACAAUUUAUGUUUUAAUUGUCUUAUGCCUAAUCACACAGUAUUUAAAUGUAAAAACACAAUAUCCUGCAAAAUUUGCAAAAAACGUCAUCACUCCUUAUUACAUAAUGAUAGAAAGCAUUUGACGACGAAUGAAAAGAUGACAACAGAAGGAACUACUUCAAAGCAACAAGAUGAGACGGAGAUAAAGGUAACAGCGCAUAUGUCUAAGGAACAACCUGGUCAAAGGAUUUUACUGGCAACAGCAUUGGUAGACAUCACAUCAAGGGCAGGACAAACACAUGUCUUCCGUGCACUUAUUGAUCAGGGAUCAGAGGCUUCGUUCGUGACCGCACGAGUUGUUGACUUAUUAGGCUUAAGAAGAACUAACAUCAACGGCGUGGUCUCUGGUGUAGGAGGGGAAGGUAGAAUAUGUAUCAAUCACAUGGCAGAAUUGGUAGUUAAGUCAAAAUGUGUAUCAAACUUUUCUGUCAACAUAAAGGCAUAUGUGCUUAAAUCAUUGACUCGUAGGUUACCGGCUAAAGAAGUAAAAAUUUGUGGUUGGCCUCAGCUUAAAAGUAUGAAAUUAGCUGAUCCCCAUUUUCACACGCCGAGUAGAAUAGACAUUCUUCUCGGUGCUGAUGUUUUUUGUAAAAUAAUUGGCUCAGGUUUGAUAAGGGGGCCGGGUAACUUAGUCGCCCAGUACACAAACUUGGGGUGGAUUUUAUCAGGAAGCGUUAGCAAGUCAGCAAGUAGUUUACCGCAAAUAACAAGCCUACAUGUCACACGUUUGGAUGAUGAAACUAAUAAUCUACUGAGAAAGUUCUGGGAGAUAGAUGUUGAGCAUUAUAGAAGCAAGAAAAUAUUAACUAAAGAAGAAACUAAAUGUGAAGAAAUAUACAAAAAUACAACUACAAGAGAUGAAACAGGAAGGUAUGUAGUACAGUUACCGUUAAAGCAAAGUUAUGAAGAUACAGUAAGGAUGUGUGGAGACACGAAGAAGCUGGCUAUCACUCGACUGGAGUCUCUAGAAAAAAGAUUUUUUUAUUACAGAUGCAGUUUCAGGAUAUUCUUCCGCUUCUUCCUGAGCUAG